AUGAACCACGGAUCGAGAACCUUGUGCCUUUACCUAAUCUACAUAUCUACCGGGAUCGCGGCGAUCGUGGAGGAAUCGACCGAGGAGGAGCGAAUUUUGACGAACGAGGAGGAGGACCGUCAGGCGGGUUUCGGCGAGGCCCUCGGUUCCUGUCUGGCCGGGAAAGAGCACGCCGCUUUGGAAUGCGUGAAUCGCGGCGCUCUGACCGCUCUUCGAUCGAUCGAUCGCAAGCACGUUUUGGAUUUUGGGGAUGCACACUUGGAGAGGGCGGACGGCCUCCACGGUAGACAACUUUUGGACUGGGAUUACGAUCCCAAGGAUUUUGGGAACGUGGUGAGAGCGGCGACCAAAUUGAUGGAACGACGAAGCUUAAGGUGGAAUCUGGAUAACGUGUACCCUGGACUGGAACUGAGGGCUGGACCAAUGUUGAACGGGAACGGGAUACUCGAGUUCGUCGUUAACGAGAAAUCGACGAUUUUCGGGGACAGGCAAGCUUUGGGCCCAGCGUCUAAAGCCUGCCCCGCAACUUUCUCCUUUCCAGGAAGGCAAAUGAUGAGACACCUGUUGAUACCAUUCCUGCUAGGUUUUAAGUUCAACCUGGCCUCCCUGAUUCCCCUGCUGUUCGGCUUUUUGCUACUGCUCACGAAGAAGGCACUGCUGUUGACCAAGGUGGCGCUGGUCAUCACCGGCCUGCUCGGUUGGAAUUCCUUGCUCUCCGCCUACCCAAGCGGGGGAGGAGGAGGGGUUCACUCUUACGAGGCGCACGGUGCGUUUCCACCGCAUUACGAGCAUUAUUAUAAUUUCCACCACAGGCCGCCGUACAGGGGAUUCCAGGGCAACGACUUCGUUGAGCCGUACGCCCAACACGUGAUCAGAGAGGUGGUCGACGUUUACGAUAACGCGGACCAGGUUGGCAAGAACAAGGGACGGAAGAAUUUCGUUUGGGCCAAGAUCCGCGAUAUUUUUCCAAACUGUCCACAACCUCGUCCGCUCCGAAGCCUCGAUAUUGCGCGAAUCAUCGUCUCGUUUGACAUGAGAGGAACGAUUUGUCACGUUGUCGCGUUGCUCGCUUGCCUCCUACUGUUCGACCGGGCGCAGGCCAGGAACGAGUACACGAGAUUGUUCGACAAAUGCGCCGCCGAGAGGAACGCGUUCGACUGCUUGAAGAGGAGAGCGCUCGAGAUCCUGGAUUCGGCGAUCAAGGACGACACGGUGUACGUGUUGAACGAGUACGUGUCGAUCGGCAGGGAUCCCGCGGCCCCCAAGAAUAUCGAUAGAUCGUUCAAGGAGAACGGGACCGAGCCGAGUCUGGACCAGAUGCUGGACAACAAGUUUCACGAGUAUAUUUCCUCAAGAAACGUCAAGUUGACUAUUCCUGGGGAUGCGUUUCAAGGUCGAAAGAAAAAGGACAAGGGAUACGGUGCACUGAUAAUGGGCGCAAUGGCGGUGGGUGCUAUGAUGGCGCAACUGGCCUACGGUAAAAUCGCCUUUAUCGCUGGAACUGCUUUGCUCACAGCCAAGAUAGCCCUGGUUUUGAGCGCAAUAAUCGGAUUGAAGAAGCUGGUGUCCAGCCACGGCGGAGGCGGGCACGAGGUGAUUUACGCUACAGGCUCUGAACACCAUGGAAGUUACGGUGGAGGAUACGGAGGUGGCUGGCAAAGGGCUAUGGAGGGCGUUCCUACAACUUGAA